CGCCUCGCCGCCCCCCGCCGCCCCUGAGGCCGCGCCGAGGGGCGGAGGUCGCGCCCGCCCAGCGGAGCCGCGGGGUGCGGGGGGGCCGCGGCCGCCGCCGCCGCCGCCGCCGCCAUGAAGCUGGAGGUGUUCUCGCAGCACUACGAGGACAAGCUGAGCGCCGGCAGCGACCAGGAAGGCAGCGGCUCCCUCUCCCCGGCGCCGGCCGAGAGCGAGCUGGGCUCGGACGGCGACUGCGCCGCCAACAGCCCGGGCGGCGGGGCCGGGGGGCCGGGGCACCCCCCGCCGCCGCCCCCCGCCCCGCAGCAGCCGCCGCCGCCGCCGCCGCCGCCGGCCGAGAGCGCCAAGGGGAAGCCCUACACGCGGCGGCCGAAGCCGCCCUACUCCUACAUCGCGCUGAUCGCCAUGGCCAUCCGCGACUCGGCCGGCGGCCGCCUGACCCUGGCCGAGAUCAACGACUACCUGAUGAGCCGCUUCCCCUUCUUCCGCGGCGCCUACACCGGCUGGCGCAACUCCGUGCGCCACAACCUCUCCCUCAACGACUGCUUCGUCAAGGUGCUGCGCGACCCGGCGCGGCCCUGGGGCAAGGACAACUACUGGAUGCUCAACCCCAGCAGCGAGUACACCUUCGCCGACGGCGUCUUCCGCCGCCGCCGCAAGCGCCUCAGCCGCGCCGCUCCGCCGCCGCAGCCCGCCCGCCCCGCCGCCGCCGCCGCCGCCGCCGCCGCAGCCGCCCCACCGCCACCGCCGCCGCCGCCGCCGCAGGAGGCGGCCGGAGCGAGCGCCGCGUCCCCCCGCGGUUCCCCGCGGUGCUGCUGCGCCUCCUCGCCCUGCAACUGCGCGCCGGGCGCCUCCGCCAAGGAGGCAGCGGCGGCGGGCGGCGGGGCGGCGGCGGCGGGCGGCGGGGGCGGCGGCGCCAAGUUCUCCAGCUCCUUCGCCAUCGAGAACCUCCUCCGGCGGCCGGCGGGGCCCCGCGCCGCCCCGCAGCCGCCGCCGCACGGCCGCCUCCUGUGGCCGGCGCCGCCCGCGCCCCCGCACCUGCUGCCCGGCCUCUACCCGCUGCUCCCCUACCCACCUGCCGCGCAGCCCCCGCCCGCCGCCGCCGCCUUGUACGGCGGCGGCCUCCUGCAGCUCUGCGCCUACGGGCUGGGCGAGCCGCCGCCGCUGCUGCUGGGGGGCGGGCGGCAAGCGCUGGCCCGGGGCGAGCCGCCGCCGGCGGCGGAGCGGCCGCGGGCGCCGCUCUUCCCCGCCGUCAUCGCCAAGGGCGGGCGGGGGCCGCCGCCCGGCUCCCCGCUCUACAGGCCCCUCCGGCUGGCCGGCCCGCUGCAGCCGGCGGCGGGGGGCUCGGCCUCCUUGCAGCCGUACGCCGUGGAGACCCCCCUGGCUUAAUGGAGCCCCCCUCCUCCCCUGCGAGGGGCCUGCCCGGGGAGGCGGGGAGGGGGAAAGGAGGAGGCUCUGGAUCCCGCACUUUAACUCCAGAGGCGACCAAAGCCUCCAAAGCGAAA